UCGCGCACCCUCGUCAUCCACCCGGGCUCGCGCUGGCUCCGCAUCGGCCUCGCCUCGUCCCUCGCGCCCGUCGCCGUCCCCAACGUCAUCGCCCGCAAGCUGCGCGGCACCGUCCCGGGCAGGGCCUCGACCAAGGGCAAGGAGCGCGCGACCGACGACGGCCAGGCUCCUGCGCCCACUGCCGCCGCCCGCCGCACGGCGGCCGGCGCCAACGGCGGCGGCGCGCCGGUCGACGGCCUGUCGGCCAAGAUCCAGUCGAUCCGGGGCGACCUGCGCGCUCGCAUGCGCGCGUACAAGCUGCGCGGCCAGGGCAACGGCAACUCGCAGGCGGCGACCUACAACGCGACCGUCGUCCCGCAGCGCAUGGAGGAGGACUUUGAGGGCGACAUCGAGUGGACCACGGCCGAGGACGAGGUGCACGCGGUUCGGAUCCCGGACGCCGAGGCGGCGGGGUACGACCUGCGGUGGCCGUUCCAGCACGGCAAGUUCAACACGGCGCCGUACGACUCGCCCCAAGAGCUCCUCGGCGACGUCGAGGCCAUCUACACGGGCGUCCUGCGCGACGAGCUCGACAUUGCCGUCGAGGAGUUCAAGGACUAUGGCGUUAUCCUCCUCAUCCCGGACCUGUACGACGAGGUGUACGUGCGCGAAAUGACCGACCUCCUCGUGCGCACCAUGGGCUUCAAGCAGAUCUGCCUCAUCCAGGAGAGCGUCGGCGCGACGUUCGGCGCCGGCUACUCGUCGGCGUGCGUGAUCGACAUCGGCUCGCUCACCUCGACCAUCACCUGCGUCGAGGAGGGCCUCGUCCUUCCCGAGACUCGGAUGGUCCUCGACUUUGGCGGCGACGACAUCACGCGGUUCCUCAUGACGCUCCUGCAGCGCCUCAGCUUCCCGUACAAGGACAUCGACCUCGCCAAGUGGCACGACUGGAUCGUCGUCGAGGAGCUCAAGGAGCGGCUCGUCGUCCUGAGCGAGGGCGACAUUGGGCUCAACCUGUACGACUUUUACGUGCGGCACCCGGGCAAGUUGACGCAGAAGUACUCUAUGCGCGUGUACGACGACUGCAUCCUCGCGCCCUACGCCCUCUUUGCGCCUCGCGUCAUCGACUUUGACGCCAAGCGCACGGCGAUCAACGAGCUGUGGAGCAAGGACGUCGACGACAACGUCGAGAUCGGCGCCGCCGACGUGACGAACGCCAUGCGUGCCUCGGUCCGCCACCUCCUCGUCCCGCCCACGCCGGUCGCCGCUCCUGGUGGCAGCGGCGCGGGCACGCCGGCCGUCGAGGAGCCGCAGCAGCAGGUCGCUGCCGUCGUCGGCGGCGGCGCGCUCCCGCCUAUUCCUCCUGCCGCCGGCGCACCCGCACCUGCACCCGCCUCGAGCUUUGCCGGCUCGCCCGCACCCGAGACGGCGGGUGGCACGCCCAAGCCGCUCGCACCUCCUGCGCCCGCCGCCGCUGCUGCCGCCGCCGCCUCGCCCGCACCGCCUCCUCCCCCUCCUCCCGCCGCCGCCGUCGACGUCGCGCGCGAGUCGUCCAAGCUGCCGCUCGACGUCGCCAUCGUCGAGUCGCUCCUCGCGGCCGGCCCAGCCGAGGAGCGCCUCAAGAAGGUGGCCGCCAACCUGCUCAUCGUCGGCGGCACGGGCGGCAUCCACAACGUCGGGUUCGCCGUCCAGUCGCGCGUCGCGCCGGCGCUCGCCGUCCGUGCACCCGUCAUCAAAGAGUGCGCGUACGUGCCGUGCCCGAAGGAGAUCGAGCCCGAGAACUUGGCGUGGAAGGGCGUCGGGGCGCUCGGCAGGCUCGAGGGCGCCCAGGAGAUGUGGAUCCGCCGCGAGGAGUGGGAGGCGCUCGGCAUGAGGGCCGUGCGCGAGCGCGCUUUCUACUGGGCAUGA